AUGAGUUUUCUAAAAGACUUGUGGUCCAUUAGAAAUUAUAUCAUCAUUACACUGACGCCGAUACUUCUUCUGCCAUUGAUCCUCCUAACCGACGGCCAGGAAACAAAAUGCGCUUUUGUUGUAUUACUGUCGGCCAUUUUCUGGAUAACAGAGGCACUUCCGAUUGCCGUGACGUCAUUUCUUCCUGUUGUUAUCUUUCCAGUGAUUGGUCUGAUGUCUGCUUCAGCUACAUCGUCGGCUUAUAUCAAUGAUACAUCUAUGUUAUUUAUUGGUGGCCUCAUACUUGCAGCAGCAAUAGAACAUUGGAAUGUUCACAAACGCAUUGCUUUGAAGGUUUUACUCAUGGUUGGGACUAAACCUGUAUGGUUAAUGUUAGGUAUGAUGUUACCCACAUGGUUCCUGUCCAUGUGGAUCAAUAAUACAGCUACGGCAGCCAUGAUGGUUCCAAUAGCCAACGCAGUGAUGAAACAAUUCCGAGAGGUGAAAGAGGAGGCCAAGAGCUUUCAAUCAGAGGAUGUAGAAGGAAAUUCUCCACGUGUUGACGUAACAAGUUCUAAUGAUGAUGUAACGAAUGACUCGGAACACCUCCACCUUGGCAAAGCUCUCUCCCUCUCUGUAGCCUAUGCUGCCAACAUAGGGGGCGUGGCAACUCUUACGGGAUCUUUUCCAAAUAUCAUCAUGAAAGGACAGACAGAUUUAUUGUAUGAGAGGUUCCACACUACAUCACCGGUAACGUACGGUUCGUUCUUCUUGUACGGAUUUCCAAUAGCUGUUUGCAGUCUCCUGUCUCUCUGGCUAUGGUUCUACGUACUUUUUCUAUGCAGACGUAACUCUGGAAGCACAGAUGCCAAGAAAAGGAUUAGGACAAUGUUGAUAAAAGAAUACCAAAAUAUGGGACCCAUGACAUUUGCAGAGGUGGCUGUCAUUAGCCAUUUACUGGUUCUUGCAGUUCUCUGGAUCACGCGAGAUUUGGGAGGCAGUGGAGGGUGGGGCCCUCUCUUUCCUAAUGGCAUGGUGUCCGAUUCAACGCCAGCCAUGUUAGUUUCAUGCUCUCUCUGCAUUUUUCCGUCUCACUUUCCAAAGCUAUUUUGACAGACAUAUGUGGCACGCCCCCUCCUUCCAUGGAAAAUUGCUGAAAAGAAUGUACCUUGGGGAGUUAUCAUACUUGUUGGCGGAGGCUUUGCUAUUGCAAAGGGAAGCGAGGAAUCGGGGCUGUCGAAGUGGCUUGCAGACCAGUUGAUCGUUUUUAGCGAGUUUGAGCCAUGGGUUAUGAACAUGAUCCUGUGUUUUAUUAUGGCGGCAGCAACAGAAGUUACAAGUAAUACGGCAAUUUCUACCCUGAUGAUGCCGAUUGUCACCCAGCUGGCAUUCCGUUUGGGCGUUAACCCCUUGUACUACAUGUUACCUACUGCGAUUUCCACGUCCUUUGCCUUCAUGUUACCGGUGGCCACGCCUCCUAAUGCUGUUGUAUUUUCCCACGGAUAUGUCAGGGUCAUCGACAUGAUGUCAGCAGGGUUCGUUAUGAACAUUGCAGCGGUAUUGAUUUUAGUAGCUGCAACGGAAACUAUCGGGGAAAGUAUUUAUAAUUUUCACACGCUUCCUUCUAUUUUCAAUACGUCUAUUUCACAGAAUACCUCAAAUGGAAUAUAA